AUGAUUCUCGGGCUAUCUGAAGCUCUUCCGAGCAUCACGAAGCGGAAGUUUGAGGCUGCAAAGGCAUCGUCGGAUCUGCUGUUCUCGCCCACGGAGCUAGCCAUCAUCCGCUCAUCUGCAGGCAUUCCCUUCCAAUUACGAUACUGCCCCUCGCUCGCCAAGAAACCCAUUCCGAAGCUCCAGAAUGCGACGCCCAAACAGAAGAUCGACCCGUUCGAGAACCCCCCACCCGCCCUCCACCUGGCCGACAUACCAGCCGCCAACCCAACCCACUUCCUCGUCCUCAACAAGUACCCCAUAAUAUCCGAGCACUUCAUCCUGGCGACGAAACCCAACAAGAAGCAAACACACGUGCUCGAACAGGACGAUCUGGAGGCGACCUACGCCGUCUUGAAGGCAUGGCAGGCAGACUCGGGCGGCGACGAGAAGCGUCUCCUCGCCUUCUUCAACUCCGGCGACCACAGCGGCGCCUCUCAGCCCCACCGACACUUGCAGUUCCUACCUGUAGAAGGAAUGCGCGAUAGCAACAAUGCUAGCGACUGGGGCCUGCUCAUAGAUCUGAUCUUGACGAGCCCGGCAGCCAAGGCAACUGGUACUCAGUUACUCGAUAUCUACAAUCGUCUGUACGACGCCGCGAAAGCCGCAGUCGACGCCUUCAUUUCCGCGAAUCCGAACGACUUCGCUCUGCACCCCACCGACGACGGCGAUCUACCCAUGAGCUAUAACCUUGCCAUGACGACUGCAGGCAUGGUCAUUCUGCCUAGACGCGCCGAGGGCACGAUGCUUCACCGCGAUGACGGCAGUGAGAUCGGCUUCGUCGCUCUGAACGGUACAACGUUAGGAGGCACGAUGAUGGUCAAGCAUCAAGACGAGUGGAACAUGCUACGCCACGAGCCAGGGCUGCUGGACCGCAUACUGGGCGCGAUUGGCAUUCCGAAACCUCCUUCAUCCAAAGUGGGCUCAUCCAACAUAUGA